AUGAAUUAACCAAUCACAAUCUUAUAUUAGGUAUUGACAACCAAUUCAGGAAAAGUAUUUUUAAUAGAAGAGAAAAGCUAUAAUACUUCAAUCAAAUAUUAUGCAUUUUCAUUUUAGUAAAAAGAAAUUACUGUAAAAUCAUUAAUUCAAUAAACAAAUAUUCUUUAAAAAUCAACCCUUAAAGAUUUAUUUAGAAAAUAUAAAAAAAUGAAUCUAGAAGGGGAAUUAUAUUUAUUUGAUUAUUAUGAAGGAAGUUAAUUUUUAGAUUUAAAAGUGUUGGAUUAUGGAAAAAAUAAAAAAUCUUUUGAAUAUCCAGAAAUUAAAUAAUAUCUUAAAUAAUUGCUAUUAGCCUUAUAUGAAUUACAUAAAAAUUAGAUGCCUGGAAGAAUUUUUUCAGUUUAUAAUAUAUUAGUUAUUUAACCAACUGAAAAGCUUGUUUUAAUGGAUUUUGGAUUCGGACCAGAUANUAAUGUAUAAUAAAGCCAAAGCAUUAAAUAUAACUUUGUUUACAGUAUCACACAGAUAAUCAUUAUUUAAAUUUCAUGA